AUGCCCUUAUUUAAGUAUGAUCUUAAGGCAAAGGAAAUAAUUUUUAUGUUGAAUAAAAUUAAUUUUUUUUCAACCGUCCAUUUUUGUAAAAUUGAUGUAAAAUGUAUCCCCUCAUCUUUCACAAAUAAUUAUAACAUAAAUAAAAGCACAUAUAUGAAUAGAAAAUUUAUAGUCGGUGAUAAAAAUGUAGGACGUAUAAAUAGUAAUAUGAGAUUGAGAAAAUUAAAAGAUAAGAACAUGGUAAUCUUUUGGAAGAAAGAAAACGGUAACAAUAUAAAAAAAAAAAAAAAAAAAAGUGGAAAAAAGUUAUUUGCAAGUGGUUUUAAGAAAAGUGUUAUUUUAAAUAAAUUUCAUAUCGAUUUAUUAAAUGAAGAAUUAAAAAAUGUAGAGAAUGAAAUAAAUAAUAAGUAUUUAACUUCUAAUGAGGAAAAAGAAAUUAUUUUAAGAAAAUCUAAAUAUGCAAGUCAGAAAUUUUAUAAAGCUAAUGAAGAAGAAAUAAAAAUAAUUAGAAAAAGUGAAGGACAAUAUUAUUUACCCAUUGAAUGUGAAAAUAGUACCAUAAUUCGUAUUGUUAAUAUAAAUGAUAAAGUAACAUCACCUAUUUUUAGAUGUGUGCGUAAUAGUAAAUUUGGUUUAAGAAAAAAGGAAAGAACUUUUUUUUUUUAUUAUUCUACAUUUAUUUGUUCUUUUUUUUUUACUAUGGGUAUAUGGCAAUAUAAGAAGAUGAAAAAAAAAAAAUUUCUAAUUAAUUACAUUUCAAAUAAUUUAAAUGAUGAAAUAAUAAAUUUAAAUGGUACAAAUUUUCCAUGGGUGAAUGAUUAUAAAACAUUGAAAGAUGAGUAUACACAAUUAAGUAGAAAUUUGUUAAAAUAUGAAAACAAAUUAGUAAGUGGGUAUAAUAUAUUAAGAAAUAUAUAUGUUAAUGUAUUAUCGAAUUAUGAAAAUUGGAUACCUUAUUUUAACCUUAUAGGUAUGUAUAAAAAUUAUAUUGAAACGAGUGAUUCAGUAAGUCGAAUGAAUUUUAAGGGAAUGGAAAAUAUAUGUGUUGAUACAGAUGAUUAUUUGAGUAAAAAUAGAAAUAAUUUAUAUGACAAUAUAAAAAGAAAGGAGAAAGAAGAAUAUAAAAAUAGUAUUGAAUAUGUUACGGUAGAUUUGAAUAAUAUUGAUAAUAUAUAUGAAUGGUUACUUAAAAUAAGAAAUGAAAAUAUUGUAAUGAAAUUAUAUAGAAAAUUUUUUAAAAGAAAUGAGAUUAUAACAAAUGAUGAAUUAAAAAAACUUGUUAUUGAGAAAUACAAAUAUCGUAAGGUCGAAAUAACAGGUGUAUUGGAUACAACAAAUGAAGUGUAUGUAGGUCCAAAAAUAUAUGAAAAGGAUAGUAAGCAAAAAUAUUUUUAUGUUAUAUGUCCAUUAUUUUUAAAAAACGGUAAUUGUAUAUUAGUUAAUAGAGGAUUAGUAUCAAAUGAUAUAUUAGAAGAGAAAAUUAAUGAAAUUCCUAAAAUUGUGACAAUAAGAGCAGUAUUAGAUCCAGGAGAAUUAUAUGAAUGUUCUUUUAAAAAAAUAAAAAAUUUCUCUAAUAAAAGUAGCAAAAAGGAGUCCUAUUUUUAUUAUUAUAAUAUUGAAGAAAUUUGUAAUCAUACUAAUAUAUCAAAAUUUGAGGGAACAAGCUAUUUUAUUGCGAAUGUGUAUGACAUUAUAUUUCAUGAAGAUUAUCUUAGUGAUAUACAAAAGUACAAUAAUAAUAAUAAUGUGGGUGAAGAAAGUAAUAGCCCAGACAAAACUAAUUAUAUUGAUUUAGAUAAUGUUAAUAUAAAUAACAUUGAUAUAAACCAAGUUGAUAGAGAAACACAAGAAAGGAUAAAACGCUUAACAAAAGCGAAAAGUAAUGUAAUACAAAAAGAUAAGAAUUAUGUUAAUAACUUAGAUGAUGUAUAUUUAUCAGAUAUUCCAUAUAAAAGCAGACCUUUUAGAUAUGAUGAACAUUUCAUACAUAAAAAGAAAAAGGAUUAUGUUAAAUUUUAUGCGGACGAAUCUACGCAUUUUAAUUAUGCAUGUCAGUGGUUUCUUUUUUCAUUCAUUUUUUCAACCAUAUCUAUAUUUAAAUUUGUACAAUUCAAAAGGUGGGUUUUUUAA